AAAAAAAUAAAAAAAGAAAUAAAGAAGUAUCUGUUUUAUUUAAUAGUGAAAUUAAGAGCUCCGGGUCGAUCACCGGGUGAAGCAUUCAACAAACAGCCGAAGGAUUAACGAGAUUUGUACUUGGAGGAUGUGUGGUAUGGACGUGGACCUGGACGAUGGUGGUUCAGGGGAGGAGGAGAAAGAGGACGAGUUCUGGAUCGGGGAGGGGGUAAAGAUGCUGCCCCCUCCUGUGGCACACAGCGGGGGGAGCGCGUGGGGCAGCCGCAGGGGCAGGUGCGGCUGCGUGACCUGCGGGGCAGCUCUCGUUCUCUGGAACCUGUGUGUCGUCUUGGCCAGCGCUCUGCUCCUGGCUGUGGUCUUCGCUGUGGUGCUGCUGCCUGCGAUGCUGCUGCUGUAUGUCGGUUUCCUCUGCCACUCCAGGGUCCUUGAUGCCCCCUCUGCCAUCUGCCGUUACCUUGACGACAACAGCUGCUCCGCCCUAAUCAUCCUGGGCUUUGUGAUGAUGUCGCCGCUCGUGGUCGUGGCGGCCGCCGUCUUCUGCGGGCUGCUACGAAGGUUUCGGCUCCUGCUUCUCAUUCAGCCGAUCACGCGUGCCUGGUACCGGGGGCGGCUGCUGGACUGGGCAGCCAGCGUCCAUGCCUGGGUCUGAUCAGGAUGAAACCGGAGGGUCGGAUAUGCCAACAGUUAGGGGGGAUCAGAGAGUUAGAUUACAGUAACCAGAGAGCUACAGGGGGUAGACAAAAUAAAAGAAACACCUCACAAUGUAAUGAAUACAACAGUGCUACAAUAAAACUUUCUUAUGAUCAGUUUUGUUGAGAGGGUUUUAGAGGGAUGUUGAUUCAACUAGAGGUUAUAUUUUAAAUAAAUAGUUUGACAUUUUGGGAAAUACCCACGAUGUAGUUGGUUCAUUCACUUUCUUACUGAGACUUAGAUGAGAAAAUAAUUACCUCCUGGCUCUAUGCUUAUACUUAAUGGGGAGAUAUGAGUGUUGUGUUGCUCUUCUCAUUGAAGAAAGAAAGCAAAUUUGUGUAUUUUCUCAAAUUUAAUCUAUUCCUUCAAAGUUUUAUUGUGCUGUUGUACUGGAUUGCGUAUUUAAAGUUGUCUUCAUCAUUUUGUCUACCCCCCCUACAGGUAAUUUGGGGAUUUAUUGAGAAAGAUUGUGCUUAAGUUCAUUGUAGCAAUUUUCACCUCAGUCUUAUUUGGCUUUAUCUUAGAAACUGAAUCAUUUUCAGUGAUUCGUGGAGUGACGUCUUUGUAAUUUAACCUCACAUUCAAAAAAAAACAUAUUCUGCACUUGUUUGAUCUGACGAAACAAAAUGCAUCGUGGGACAGGACAGAAAAAAUACUAUUCACACUUUUGUAAAAUGAAGGAUGAAUGUAGGAUUUUCCUUUGCAAGAAAGACUCAGAGGAAGUGUAACAUUUCCUUUCACAGGCUAUGUUGAACAUCACAAAGUGGUUUAUUAUGGUAGUAUUCUGUUAGAAUUUGUGUAUAAAACUAAUAUUUUUUGUGAUUUUGUAUUGCCUGUUUGCUAACUAUGUUGACAUGGUAACGUGGGACUUUCUCAGACAUAUAUUGCCGUGAAGUUAUUUGUGGUUGCACAUUUAGAAGUCUAGCAAAAAGUCAAAACAUAAUUGCAAACAUUAGAUUUGUUGAUCUGCUUUGAGUUGGUCCAAUAUUUUGGGUUCAGUUCCCUGGGACCUUCACACGCCCUGAAAAACAGGGCGAUUAGUGUAAAAUAUAUGAUAAAAAGCAGCAUACAAGGACUUAAAUAUCGUCUGUGAGGUGAAUUAAAUGGACAAUGAUGUUUGUACUCCAACAAGUUGAUCUGAUGUAGCAUCAUUAGCAGUCAUGUCUUGUGGGAGGGAGGGCAAUACAUGAAACAUAUUUCAUUGAAGGGCCAUAAAAAAACACACCAUUCAUUAUAAAAACAACAGAACUUGACAGAAGGGCAAAGUAAUGGCUGAUCCAAGUGUUAACGUGGGAUUUAAAUCAUAAGAUCAGGAGCUCAUUCUGCUGCCUCUUUGCUUUCUGGUCAUUUAAAUUCAUCAGUGACACAAACGCUGCACAUCCUUUUUAUCCGAGUGUCAACGCUCCGUAAUUAAGUGUUCAGAUUUGAGGUUUCAUUUCUCAGAAGAAACCCUUGAAUCAUAAUUCAUGAGGAGCAGUUACUACUCAUCCUGUAAUUAUACUGAAAUGUAUUUAUUUUCUAUUUAAACAUAUUUAUUAGUGUGUUGUCUGUGUCCUGUUAUUGAUCCUCCAUUGUGUGUAAAUUGGUCGUUGAAGCCCUGUUUGUACAGGAUAAAGUAUUUAUUUUUACUUCUGCUGUGUAUAUAUUUCGGGUUUAUUUUUUUGUUCAGCUUUUCAUGUCAGUGUUAUCAACAAAACAGCAACACAUUGUUAUAUUCAGACCUUCCAUCAAUAAAAAGGGGGCCUUUUUUAUUCCUCUCUUUUGUGAUUGACCUGUUUAUAACGGUUUGAAAGGUCUGAGGAUUCGAGUCCAGUGAGUGAUGACUUAAUAUUCAACUCUGACUUUUUCUGCACACACAUAAAAUC